UCUUCAUCUUAAUAGUUUUGUUCUUUUAUUGACAACAAAGCUUGAUAACAUAUCCUAUAAACAUGGACAACAACAAGAAGCAAACAUGGUCUUCUUCUUCGUCAACCGUGAAAUUCGAUCAACUUUUUGGUCCCAAGGACCCUUCGGCGGCUUCAUCUUCUUCCUUCUUUGGUUCCAUUUUUCCACCACCACCAUCUGUUGAUGGAAGAGGAUCAAGAACUCCAGAAGUGACAAGCAAAAAUCUUGGAGCACCAGGAACUCCUAAUAGUGGCAUCACUAACAAGAACACAAGUACUAAUUAUCAUCAUGAGGCAGUGGAACCUAUCUACUUCAGCUCUUCAAUCCACUAUGGUGGUCAAGAAAAUUAUUCCUCAAGAGGAAGGACCACUGAAUCCCACCAUGUUUUCAAGAAAGAUUCGAAUAAUGGUCAUCCCAAUGGUAACAAUUCAAACAGUGCUUCAAGAGGUGACUGGUGGGAAGGUUCCCUUUAUUACUAAAUCACUGCGACAUUGUAUUAAAACUUAGCAUCAUGCAGCAUGCAGGAUGAAGAUCAACCACAUAAGGUGGAGUAUGCUCUAAUUAGUUCUCCAUGGAAAUAAUUAAGUUAAUAUUGUUAUAGAUUGUAUAAGUUAUUGUUAUAGAUUGUAUCCACUAGUUGGGUUC